UCCUCUCUUUCUUCAUCUUCUUCACAUAUCUUCACGACCAAACUUCACAGAACUAUGCGCCAACCUAUUACUCUCCUGCUUCCCUUAUUUACUACCUUCUUCAUAUUCUGCUCCCUCCACGGCGCCGUUUCGGACCCCCAGACCUAUCUUCUAAGCCUUGACUGCUACCAAUAUGACAGAGAUGAAUAUGAUGCUAAUAAAUCCUUCAAUGACAGCGUAAGCGCAGCUCUUCGUGACCUCAGAUAUCAGGUGGCGAACCAGAGAAUGUCCUUCGCCACCUCAGAGCAGUGGUGGGGUACCGACAUAAGCCUCACCUUUUAUGCUGUCUUCUUAUGCCGAAACUACCUCUCCGUCGCCGACUGCGUCGCCUGCUUCACCGAUGCUGCAGCUGAAAUCCUCAACUGCUCCGCCGGGACUAGCUUUGCCCGUGUCAUCUACGACGGCUGCUUCCUCAGAUGGUCGAUCCAACAGGGGAUUGGGAGAGCAGAGAGCUGCUGGAGACGAUCGGGUCCUAUAUCUUGCCAAAGGUAUGAGGAUACCAAUUUUAGGGACGAGCCAAAGAGUAUUGCAAAUCCUGCGUUGUGUGGGAAACAGACUCCAGAAGCAGCCGCAGGAUUUACUUCAGCUGCUCAACAACUCUUAAUGAAUGUUCAAACAACAACACCCAACGUCACUGGUUUCCAGGCGGCUGUUAAGACUCAAGUGUCUAAUAAUGGACCAACCAUCUAUGCCUAUGCUCAAUGUAUUCAAAGUCUCUCACAGAGUGAGUGCGAGAUUUGCUUGAUGCAAGGUUACAACACUCUGCAGACUUGUCUUCCCGGUUCAGAUGGUAGGGCUUAUGUAGAUGGCUGUUUCAUGAGAUACUCCACCACUUUCUUCUUUCCCGAUGACCAGACCAUUAUUAUCACUCCUUUAGCCAUACGAGGUUCAAGCAAGAAGGGGGCAAUUAUUGGUGCAAUUGUUGGAGGGGUAGCUUUUGUUCUUAUCCUCCUUGCACUAUUGGCUUAUAUUAGACGAUCAAAAAGGCGUGAGAGAGUUUCUAACGCUAAUGGAGACAUAAUUGGAGAGAGCAGCAAUUUGAUAGGCAGCCCAGUUAAUUACAGCUAUGGGGAUUUGAGGUUUGCAACAAAAAACUUCAGUGUAGAAAAUAAACUUGGAGAAGGAGGAUUUGGUGUUGUAUAUAAGGGCACUUUAAAAAAUGGAAAAGUUGUUGCAGUCAAGAAAUUAACUUUAUGCUACUCCAAGAGAGUGGAGGAAGAAUUUCAAAGUGAAGUGAAGCUUAUAAGUAAUGUUCAUCAUCGGAAUCUUGUUCAACUUCUUGGAUGUUGCAGUAAAGGCAGUGAGAGAAUACUUGUUUAUGAAUACAUGAAAAACACCAGUUUGGAUAGAUUCUUAUUUGAGGAUAUGCAGCUCCAAAAUAUGUGAUUCAUGAUCAAUUAUCAGAGAAGGCUGAUAUCUAUAGCUUUGGUGUUGUAGUUUUAGAAAUCAUAAGUAGUAAAAAAAGUAAUGAAUUAAAGAUUGACAGUGAUGCCGAAGGUGAAUUCCUCCUACUAAAGGCUUGGAGACUAUAUGAAAGAGGCACACACUUAGAGUUGAUCGAUGAGACCUUGGACCCAAAUGAUUAUGAUGCAGAGGAAGUGAAAAAAAUUAUAGAAAUCGGUUUGGCUUGUACACAAGCAUCUGCUGAAUUAAGGCCAACAAUGUCUGAGGUAGUUCUUUUGCUCCGCAACAAGGGAUCAUCAGAGAACAUAAAACCCACAAUGCCUAUCUUUAUUGAAGCCCAUUAGGUAAGACCAAGGACCGUAAAGGAGAAUAAAGGAAAAUGAAUUGGGGUGGUGAUGAUUAUUGUGGGUGUACCAUUUUGAAUAAACUUUAUUCAACGCCCUUGAACUUUGGUUAGAUUAUAAAUAUCCUAUUUGCCUUUCAUUAAAAACUAAGUAAAAUAAUCUGGCAGUCAAUUAUAUUUUUAAUUUCUUAAAUAAUGAAUAUAGA